AUGAAACGCACGCGCAUUCAGUUCGACGCCAAUGACGAUGCCUCGUCCGCCUCGUCGCCCCGGGGCGCUUUCCCGCUCCCGACCCCGGAGACGGAUUCCCGACACCCGCAGCGCCAACACAUCCCCAAGAUCUCGCGGCGAAUACGCGCCUGCACCGAGUGUAAACGACACAAGGUGCGAUGUGACAUGAGCGCGGGCGAGUCGGUGUGCAAUCGGUGUCGUCGCAUGGGGUUGGAGUGCAUCGUCAACAAGAGUCUCCAGACGUUGCUCGAUGAUGAGGCGGAAUGGAAGACAACGAUCGAGCUGGCAAUGUCCGAUCUGCUUCGGAAAGCUCAGCUGCCGGAAUUGUCGUACUACCAGGCCAUGGGCAAGACGGACGAAACUCCCGCCAAAAAGCGAGAUCGCAAAGACUCGACCGUGUCGACGGAGGAUAUUGGCCCAAUUGGGGGGCAUGACCGGACGGAGCCCCUAAACGCCGCCGCCGCCAGUAAUGUCGCUGUCGAGGUAUCCAGCGCCGCAACCCAGGGCUUCCACCAACAAUCCCAAUAUGCGCUCGAUCGAGAAGAGAACGGGACGUCGUCGCUGGUGACGGCUCCGAUGGGGAGCUUGUACGAAGUGACCCAGCUGAGUGACAUCCAGGCCGGCACGCCUGAGCGACACCAUGCCUCGGAUCGCGUGACCGAUUUCAUCUCGCGCGGGGUGGUAGACCUGCAGGAGGCCGAGGAGCUCUUCGUCUAUUUCGACCAGGUUCUCAACCGGUAUCUAUGGGAUGGCAUCGCGCUGGUGCACAAGGAUUUGACGUCCGUCCGCAACUCUUCCUCCAUGCUGUCGGCAGCGAUCCUCGCCGUCACGGCCCUCCACAUGCCCAAGAAAGAGCGAACCUUUGAUACUUGUUAUACCGAAUUUGCAAAACUCGCAUCGGAGUCGAUGCUGGAUCGCCACCACACGCUGGACGACCUGCGCGCCUUGUGCAUCGGCGCGUUCUGGCUGGCGGAUGUUAGCUGGAAACUAUCCGGGUAUGCGGUGCGGAUUGCGACCGAGCGUGGCCUGCAUCAGUCGUACCGUAAGGCCACGCAAGGGUCGCCCGAACACAAGGAGCAGGCCCGGCUGUGGUAUCUUCUUUAUACCUUGGAACACCAUUUUUCUAUCGCCUACGGACGACCACCUAUCAUUCAUGAAGACCACAGUAUUACCAACCAUAACACCUUUGCAUUCUCCCCGACGGCAGCGCAGUCCGAACUGCGUCUGCACAGUCAAGUGGAUCUGUUCAUUAUCCUUACGCGGAUCUACCAUGCCUUUGGUCCGGAUGUGGACUUGGAGGUGCCCGAGAGCGAGUUUGCUACGAUUGACAAGUUCGAUGCUGACCUGGGGGAAUGGCGGUCAGCCUGGCUUCCACGGCUAACGGGGAGUCGAUAUGUCGGCGCGUAUCCUUACAAAGCCGUCUAUCUCCACUACCACUUUUCUCGGUUGCAGCUGAAUUCGAUUGCUCUGCGGACGUACCAUGCCUCGAUUUCGACGCGUCCCAUGUCCGAGGAGCGCAAGAAACGGGCAAAUAUCGCCAUCGAAUCCGCAAUCGGCACGCUUCUCGUCGUUCUGGACGAACCGGACAUCCAGACGGCCCUGGUCGGUGUGCCGCUGUAUCUCCACAGUAUGAUCACAUUUGCGGCUGUUUUCCUGCUCAAAAUCGCGGCCAAAGGCUGUUCCAGCUGCAUUCCUGGGAACCAGGGUCAGCAAAACUCUAUUGCCUCGGCUGGCCUGCUCAUCGACGUCGCGUACGUCCGUGCCUUGGUCGGCCGGAUCAUCGAGCUGAUGGUGUCAUGCAGUAAGCGCGCCAGCGAGCGCCAUCUGAGCCAUCACAUCGCGCGCGGUCUUCGGAAGAUGCUCACGGGUCUGGAGGAAUGGGAGAAGCGGAACGCUUCCACCCAGCUGGGCAUGGGACCGGGGUCGCGCGAUCUGUCCUCCAUGUUCAAACCGGUGGUCAUUCCCGGGGCGCAGCCGCUGGGCGAGCGGGACACCAUCUUGAGCCAUCCACCCCCGUUGCUCGGCGUAGCUCCGCUAUCUGCGGAGCGAGGCAACGGACUGGAUCCAGGGGCUGCGCCGGCCAAGCAGCAGCCGGGCCUAUCUGAGGGUUCGGCGGAUCCUAUGAUGGCGGAUCUGUGGGGGUUUGACGAAGAGUAUUUUCCGACGGGGGUGUUUGAUUUUCUCCAAUCCCAGAUGCCAGCUUAA